GACUUGAAUUUCAUUCGAAGAAAAUUGUGAUUAACGAUUGAAACAUUUACAAUCAAUUACGAUUAAUAAAAAUGACUGAAAUUCCUUCUGUAACGCUUGUGAAUGGUUAUAAAAUGCCUAUGUUUGCUUUAGGAACAUAUUUGUCUCAACCAAAAGAAGUAGAAAAAGCUGUUAUGGAUGCUAUUGAUCUUGGAUAUCGUCAUAUUGAUACAGCUUUCUUUUAUGAAAAUGAACACGAAAUUGGUACUGCAAUACAAGCAAAAAUUAAAGAUGGAACUGUUAAAAGGGAAGAUCUUUUCAUUACUACGAAGCUAUGGAAUAAUCGUCACAAGGAAAAGGAUGUAGUUCCAACUUGUAAAAAAUCCUUAGAUAAUCUCGGCUUAACUUAUAUAGAUUUAUAUUUAAUUCAUUGGCCAUUUGCUUAUCAAGAAGGAGAUGUAUUGAUGCCCAAAGACAAAGAUGGUAAGCUUUUAUUAUCAGACACCGAUUAUAUUGAAACAUGGAGAGGAAUGGAAGAAUGUGUUAAUCAAAAUUUAACUCGUAGUAUUGGCGUUAGUAAUUUUAAUUCCGAACAAAUCGUUCGAGUAGUAAAAUCUUCUAAAAUUGUUCCAGUAAAUAAUCAAAUCGAAGUUAGUGUAAAUCUCAAUCAGGAAAAAUUAAUAAAUUUUUGUAAAAAGUAUAAUAUUGUGGUAAGCGGUUAUUCACCUCUUGGAAGACCCGGCAAUAGAUUAGGUAUUAAAAAUUCUUUGGAUAAUCCAACAAUUAUUAAAAUAGCAGAAAAAUAUAAAAAAAGUCCUGCACAAAUUGCACUUAGAUAUGUCUAUCAACAAGGUGCUGCAGUAAUUGCAAAAUCGGUAACGCAAAGUAGAAUUAAAGAGAACAUGGAGAUAUUUGAUUUCGAACUAACACCGGACGAAAUGAUUGCUAUAAAAGCAAUUGGUACUGGCGAAAGAAUAGCACCAGCCGCAGAAGUACAAGAAACAGAUAAAGAAAGAAAGAAAGAAAGAAAAAAGAAAAAAAUUAGAGUCGAUCCUUUUGACAGUCUGCCGCUUAUACCGGCAUUGGAUGGAGUAUCGAUCUUUUAUUUUCAAUUGGAAAAAAGAAGGAAGAAUAAAAUGGUUUUAAACGUACCGGGCGUUAAGUUUUACAAUGGCAAUACUGUUCCUCAAUUUGGAUUGGGUACUUGGAAGUCAAAACCCGGAGAAGUUGUUCAAGCUGUUGAGGAUGCCAUAGAUAUUGGUUAUCGUCACAUUGAUUGUGCUUAUGUUUAUGGUAAUGAGAAAGAAGUCGGGAAAGCAAUAAAAACAAAAAUUGCAGAAGGAGUUGUCAGUAGAAAAGAUUUGUUUAUUACUAGUAAACUUUGGAAUACCUUUCACCAACCCGAUUUAGUAGAACCUGCUAUUAAAAAAACAUUGAGCGACCUUGGUCUUGAAUACUUAGACCUAUAUUUAAUUCAUUGGCCUAUCGCUUACAAAGAGGGCGAUAAUUUAUUUCCAAAAAAUUCUGAUGGUUUUCCUGAAUUUAGUAAUGCUGAUUACAUUGACACAUGGAAGGCUAUGGAGGGUUUAUUAAAUAAAGGAUUAACAAAGAACAUCGGCGUCAGUAACUUUAAUUCUGAGCAGAUUAAUAGAUUACUUAAAAAUUGUACCAUUAAGCCGGUAACGAAUCAAAUCGAAUGUCAUCCAUAUCUAACGCAAAAGAAAUUGUCUGAUUUCUGUAAAGAAAAAGAAAUUAUAAUUACCGCUUAUAGCCCUUUGGGCUCACCAGAUAGACCGUGGGCUAAGCCGGAUGAUCCAAAAUUAUUGGAGGAUGCAAAAUUGUUGGAACUUGGAAAGAAGUAUAAUAAAACACCAGCGCAAAUUCUUUUGCGUUAUCAAUUGGAUCGUGGACACGUUGUAAUUCCAAAAUCCGUUACCAAAUCACGUAUCCUCGAAAAUAGUAAUAUUUUUGAUUUUCAACUUAAACCUGAUGAUAUUGCAUACAUAGAUUCUUUCGACUGUAAUGGAAGAAUUUGUCCGAUGAUAGGAUCUGAGGAAAGUCCUUAUUUUCCAUUUGCCAUUCCUUUCUAAUUAAUACAACAGAUAAGUAAGAUUAGUUUUGAUCGCGUUCAUAAAGAUAUUACAUAUAAUUAUUUUUUAAAUAUGUGUAUCGUAAAUAUUUCCUUUGUUAAAUACAUUUACAGGUACGUUCGUAUUUUUCUA